AUAGUUAAGUAACGCAUAAGUAUGUGUGCAUAUGUAGCAAAUGAAACGUUAUUUCCAGCUUGAAAUGUUUUUUUCGUUUAAACACGUGCUUUUGCCGAAGUUAAACGAGGUGUCACGACUGCAAAACAAGCCUACCUAGACUGACCUUCAAACCGUUUGUGGGUUGUUGUUUGUCCUAAUGCUUCAUUUAUGUGCUUUUAAUGAAAGAAAAUUCAGAAUGCCAUUUAAGAUCGUCCAAACUAUAGAGGGGGGUCGCUUUUAUUUUUCAAUAGUUCCAAGCAAGUGGGAAAAGGACGGACUUUUACGGUGGCCUCCCAAAAGCCUUUUGGUCAAACUUGCCCAUGUUGAAAAUUCGUCGCCAGAAGAAAAAUGGGAAACGGUGAACUGCGUAAUGAAAAGGGAACUUCUCACGAAAGAAGAGGCAGAGCGGGAACUAACACGAAUAGAAAGAAGGUGUGACUUAGAUCACGACGAAGAAGCAAAUCCAAUCAAAAGCGUCGCAAGGGAUCCAAAAGCAGGUCAUUUUAGGCGUGAAAUUCCCGAGGAAACGCUUACCGAUAGUAGAGUUUUUAUACCAAAAUUAAGGUUUUUGGAAGAUCACGAAAAAAGGAUACUUCACACAGAAAUGGAUAUAAAAACAGAAACUGAAGACAAUUUGUGUCUACAGCCGACAACUACUGGAGAAAGCUCGUGUUCGUGCAAUAUCAACGUUCUUAGAAAGAAAGUCGAUUACCUUAUAGACAAUCAAAGUAGAAUGAUUUCGCAAAUUACAAAUAUGCAAAAAAGCCUAGCAAUCGUAGCUAAUAUCAUAUCACGAGGAAAUAAAAUCACUCCUACGAGAGAACCUGCGGAACCUGUGCGCAUACAAAUAGAACAAAUUAACUCCGUAGGAAAAUUAGACGAGCUGGAAGCACAGUUAGAAGAGAACGAUUUCAUGGAGAUGUUUAUAAAAAGCCACACAAAUAUUUGCGGGACUGACGGAAAACAAAAUGGCCUCGACUGCUGCUAUCAACUAAUAGAUUAUUUUAUAAGUAGAAUGUUAUUCAUGGAAAUCUCUUGGACCGGAAAUGCAAAAGGGGAGGGCACCUCAAAAGUACCAUUCAAAUUCUAUCGAAAUUUUAGAAAAAGCUUUUUUUGUAUUAUCAAACAUGCCGACAAAGAUUUUACAGAAACCCUAUGUGACACGUUUUUUAAAAGAAUUAUAAAAAAUAGUAAACAGAGAUUAUUGGCGCAAAAUCAAAUGACAGCAAAACACAAGUGUCGUCCGAAGAAUUUGAAAUAUAAAAAAACCCGGCUUCAAGAGGAACCGGAAGAACAAGCGAUGGACUUUGACGCUGACGAAGGAGAAGAAAGUUUGCCUUAACAGGAGUGACGUGUUUUCAGUAGUGGCUUAAGUCUGUUCGAAGUUUCGGAAUUUAUGGUCAUUUUGUUAAUUGUCUAUUUACAUGUCUGUGUUGUUUAUUAAUGUGGAGGACGUUGAUUUAACUCCACCGACGUCCGAUUAUGGCCACGAAUUUCUAGUGGAAAACGAAAAGAAUGUUAAGUUAAUUUACUUGUUUUGUGAACGUGGCAUUAUUUGUUUUUUUUUUACAUUAAAGUCUGUGAUUGGAAAACUUUCAUUAACCCAGAUCUUGAUACGAAAACCAUUAUCUUUUUGCGAUGCAGGUUUAAAUUUUGAAUAUUCUUGGCGCUUACGUAAAAUUCUGUUUAGAAUUGACAGAGGGGUCAUCAACAGUCUGCAGUUCUACUAGAUAUAUAGGGGAAAUUUUAUCUUACCAACUCAAAGUAACAGGUAGUGGAGUUUUAAUAAAAAAAUCUACUUUAUUUGUGUAGAUUAGUCCAUUUUAAGUUGGCAACGUGUAAAAUCCAAUACUAAUGGAUAUUAUGAAUUUACAAACACAUCGAUUUUCGGUAUACAUACAUAGAGAGGAAUCAUGGACAUUUGGAAGUUUGUUUUUGAG